AGGGAGAGAGACCUGCACUCCCUUCUCACUUGUUCAUUCUGGAUUUGGAGUGACAGAAUAAAUGUGCAGACACUCGGAGGGAAGGCUCAGAGUUACUCAGAUUUACUGCGUCUGCACACACACACACACACACUCACACACUCACACACACACACACUCACACACACAUGUACACACACUCAGAGAAUCACUCAGAGAAUCACACAGACACUGCUACAGUUCUACAGCCUCACUAACAAUUAAUAACAAUCAUACACUACUACGGAUUCCCAGACUUUUUAACACACACACACAGUCGCACACACACACAGACACACACUCAUGUUGCAGGAGCUGCUGUUGGUGUGUGUGGUGGGCAGCGUGGGUGCAGCCGUGGGCACGGGUGUGUGUCCUUCCGUGUGCUCGUGUCAACAGGAAGGAGCGUUGCUGAUCACAGACUGCUCCGAACUCGGACUAUCAUCCGUCCCUGAGGAUCUAAACCCUCUCACCUCUUACCUAGAUCUCAGCAUGAACAACAUCAGUGAAAUCCAACCCAACGCUUUCCACGACCUGCCCUUCCUCACCGAACUGCGUCUGUCUGGGAAUCAGCUCCGACACAUCAGUGGCUCCGCCCUCCGUGGUCUCACCGGCCUCAAAAUCCUGAUGCUGCAGAACAAUCAGCUGGAGAGACUGGAGAGUGAAGAUCCAUGGGAGCUGCCCAAUCUGCUUUCACUACGUCUGGACGCUAACCUCAUCGCAGACGUUCCCACUCAGGCGUUUUCAGGCAUGCGGUCUCUGCGCCACCUGUGGCUGGAUGACAAUGCGCUAACCGAAAUCCCAGUGAGCGCUCUCAGUGACCUUUCCACCCUGCAGGCCAUGACCCUCGCUCUCAACCGCAUCACACACAUCCCCGACUACGCCUUCAGGAACCUGUCCAACCUCGUUGUGCUGCAUCUUCAUAACAACCUAAUCCAGACUCUGGGAGAGAACUGCUUCGAGGGCUUGCGCAGUCUCGAGACUCUUGAGCUGAACUUCAACACUCUUCAGAAAUUUCCCGUGGCCAUCCGGACUCUGAACAAACUCCAGGAGCUGGGUUUCCACAACAAUAACAUCAGGGUGAUUCCUGAGAGAGCUUUUGUGGGGAACCCGCUGCUUCAGACCAUUCAUUUCUACGAGAAUCCAAUCCAGUUUGUUGGAAGAUCGGCUUUCCAGUUUUUACCGCAGCUGCACACUCUAUCUCUGAAUGGUGCCACUGAGAUACGGGAAUUCCCUGACCUGACAGGGACCACCAGCCUGCAAGUGCUCACUCUGACCCGAGCAGGUCUCACCGGUCUGCCACCUGAUCUCUGUCAACAGCUGCCCAAUCUCAGAGUGCUUGAGUUGUCUCAUAAUGCAGUGGAGGAUUUGCCCAGUUUUUACCGCUGUACUUCACUGGAAGAGAUUGGACUGCAGCACAAUCGGAUCAGGCGGAUCGAGCCGAACACCUUUCAGAAGCUCGUAUCCCUUCGAUCACUUGAUCUGAGUUGGAAUCAGAUUGAGAUGAUCCACCCUGAUGCCUUCAGCUCUCUCCACUCUCUGCUCAAACUUGAUCUGAGUGAUAACCGGUUAUCCCGAGUCCCACUGUCUGGCUUGAGCAGCCUCACUCACCUCAAACUGAGAGGAAACACACACCUGUCUCACUCCUUCAGAGAGGAAGAGCUGCCCAACAUCAGGGUAAUCGAGAUGCCGUAUGCCUAUCAGUGCUGCGUGUUUGGAGCGUGUAGUGGUUACAGAUCUGCCGCUCAGUGGGAGGAAACCCCGGCUACAGAGGAGGAGGAGCUUCAGAAAAGAGCGCUCGGCCUCGUCCCCAUUCACUCUGACUAUGAUCCCGAUCUGGAGGAAUUCCAGGCAGCAGUGGAAGAGUCCAAACUCCAGACGAGUGUCCAGUGCACUCCUGUCCCAGGUCCAUUUAAGCCAUGUGACGCGCUGUUCGACAGCUGGCUGGUGCGUUUAGGGAUGUGGCUCGUUACUCUCGUUUCUCUCCUGGCCAACGUUCUCCUUGUGCUCUCGGUCUUCGCCUCGCCCAGCUACCUCUCUCCUGUCAAGUUCGUCAUCGGCUCCAUCGGCGCUGCGAACCUGCUCACUGGGCUCUGUACAUGCGUGUUGGCGCUCAUCGACGCUCUGACCUUCGGCGAGUUCGCUUCGUACGGUGCACGCUGGGAAACGGGUGCCGGUUGCCAAACGACAGGGUUCAUCUCCGUAGCAGCAUCUGAAUCCUCCAUUCUGUUCCUGGUGCUUGCGGCGGUUCAGUGCAGCAUUUCCGUCUCGUUUGGGAAGUCUCCGUCUCACGGCAGCGUCCGAUGCGCUGCUGCGGUAUGCGUCACGCUGUCGCUGAUUUCCGCAAGCCUGCCACUGUUAGGUGUGGGCAAAUUUGGAACCACGCCCCUUUGUAUCCCAUCCCCUCUCCCAGAUGCCCCGCCCACCACCCUGGGCUUUAUGGUAGCUCUGAUUAUGAUGAACUCUCUCUGCUUCCUGCUCAUCACGAGCACUUAUAUCAAGCUCUACUGGGAUUUGAUGAAGGGGAACUUUGACAGCGUGUGGGACUGCGCCAUGAUCAAGCACGUGGCCUGGCUCAUUUUCACCAACUGCCUGCUUUAUUGCCCUGUUGCGUUCCUCACCUUCGCCUCCCUGCUCUCCCUCAUCCCCGUCAGCGAGGACGUGAUCAAGUCUGUCCUGCUACUGCUCCUCCCGCUGCCGGCAUGCGUCAACCCGCUGCUUUACCUCCUCUUCAACCCACAUUUCCGUGAGGACGUAAAGCUCCUCCUGAACCGAGCUCGCCUGGUGCAGGAUCGUGUUCUCGACUCCUUUGUCUCUGUGGAGAUGGAGAAGAGCUCGUGCGACUCCACCCAGGCACUGGUGCCGUACUGCUCCGAGGCAGACGCCAUGCUCGACGGCUCCGUGCCACUCGUGCCGUGCCAGCUUCAGACGACGAACAAAGAAAAUGACAAAAAGGAGGAAAAUGUCUGGAGCAAAAGGAUGGACAAUCAGAGAGGAAGCUCUCUCGUCUCUGCAGUUUAUCAGUCUUCACAUCCGGCAUGCCAUUCGUAAAUCCUGUUCGGACUUUCCUCAGAUAUCAGAACCCUUCCAACUAGGAGAAAGACAUUUCUCAUGGACUAAAUUCUAUUAUUGGUUGAAAACAGAGUAAAGAAAUAUGGACUCAAACUCUUGGACCCAAAAAGUUAUUCUAAAUGAAACGAAAAUGAAAUGCACACAAUGUCACACAAUAUUCCCUCAAAUCCAGAGGAUCAGCUGAGAUGUCUUUGCUGCCUGAUGUUUGGCUAAACUGGCAGCUAGACGUUUGUGUGUCUUCUUCACUACUUACUCAUCCUAACUGCAGCGCAAAUGAGCAAAGACACUAAACACUUCUGCACUACUGAAGCUUGUUUACCACAUUUAACUCAGAUUUCAAAAAAACGUUACUCAGAUUUAUCCAUCAAUAACAAUAACAUAAUUCCACUACACGAUUUUGACAAAACAUCACGCUAAUCCACCAAAAUGUCACGCUAAUCCACCAAAAAGUCACGCCAAUCUACCAAAUUGUCAUGCUAAUCCACCAAAACGUCACACUAACCCACCAAAACGUCAUGCUAAUGCACCAAAACAUCACGCUAAUCCACCAAAAUGUCACACUAUCCAACAAAACGUCACGCAAAUCCACCAAAACGUCACGCAAAUCCACCAAAACGUCAUGCUAAUCCACCAAAACGUCACACUAACCCACCAAAACGUCACGCUAAUCCACCAAAACGUCACGCUAAUCCACCAAAACGUCACGCUAAUCCACCAAAACGUCACGCAAAUCCAUCAAAACGUCACGCUAAUCCACCAAAACGUCACGCUAAUCCACCAAAACGUCACGCUAAUCCACCAAAACGUCACGCUAAUCCACCAAAACGUCACGCAAAUCCAUCAAAACGUCACGCUAAUCCACCAAAACGUCACGCUAAUCCACCAAAACGUCACGCAAAUCCAUCAAAACGUCACGCUAAUCCACCAAAACAUCACGCUAAUCCACCAAAACGUCACGCUAAUCCACCAAAACGUCACGCAAAUCCACCAAAACGUCAUGCUAAUCCACCAAAACGUCACACUAACCCACCAAAACGUCACGCUAAACCACCAAAACGUCACACUAAUCCACCAAAACGUCACGCUAAUCCACCAAAACGUCACGCUAAUCCACCAAAACGUCACGCAAAUCCACCAAAACGUCACGCUAAUCCACCAAAACGUCACGCUAAUCCACCAAAACGUCACGCUAAUCCACCAAAACAUCACGCAAAUCCACCAAAACGUCACGCUAAUCCAUCAAAACGUCACGCUAAUCCACCAAAACAUCACGCAAAUCCACCAAAACGUCACGCUAAUCCAUCAAAAUGUCAUGGAAUGCUGACAGAACAUCACGCAAAUCCACCAAAACAUCACGCAAUGUGAACAAAAUGCCACACAAAUCUGAACAAACGUCAGGCAAUUCCAACAAAACAUCACGCAAUGUGAACAAAAUAUCACACAAAUCCGACAAAAACGUCACAAAAAUCCAACAGAACCGUCACACUAAACCAACAAAACCUUAUGCAAAUCCGACAAACAUCAGGCAAUUCCGA